AUGAUGCUUGGUUUCACAACGACAUUCAGAGCGUUUCAGUCUCUUCCUCGAGGGACUUAUCGGAACAGGGGGUUUCUUGGUGUGCAGCGCGGAAGCUGUACCCGCAACCGUUCCAAAACCCGCGUUGGGCACGUACUGGUGGCAGUCUCUGAGGGUGUUGGCGCAGGUACAGGCACGGGUGCAGAGAACGCCGCCUCGACAUCGACGCAGAUUGUUGUGGUGCCACGCACUGGCAUCGUCCAGAAUCGCGAGGCCAAAGUUGAAAAGUCUAUUCAGCAGCCGCAACUUGCGACAGCGGCGGCAGCGGCGGCGCCGGCAUCACGUCUCUGGGGUACGCCGCUUGGCGCACUGGUAGGCUUGGCGCUUGGUGGGGUAGCGGCGCUGCUGGCUUCGUGGCAGAAGGGUUCCCAAAAGAAGGAUGGGUUGCAGAAGCCAGAGGACCAGGCAAAAGAGGGCCUCGUUCUGAAGGCCGAUGCUUCCGCAGCAGGCUCGAGUGCGUACGGCACGAACGGUGACGGCAUGGUCGGUACGAACGGGAGUAGCUCGCCUGCACCGCCGAGCCGGGAGCUGCGCAAAAUCAUACCCCUUGGUCUUAUGUUCUUCCUCAUUCUCUUCAACUACACUAUCCUGCGUGAUACAAAGGACGUGCUGGUUGUAACUGCGGCCGGUGCAGAGAUUAUUCCCUUUUUGAAGACCUAUGCGAACUUGCCCGGUGCAGUGCUGUUUACGAUUUUGUACUCGAAGCUCACGAAUGUGUUCUCUCGGGAGACUGUUUUCUACAUCUGCAUAGCGCCUUUCCUCCUUUUCUUCUUGAGCUAUGCGUGGUUUCUUUAUCCCAAUAGGGCGUUUUUGCACCCUAGCGGGUUUGUGAGCUGGGCGCUGCAGUAUUUGCCACCGACAUUCGCGCCUCCGCUGGCGAUUAUCGGGCACUGGACAUCCGCAGUGUUCUAUACGCUCGCGGAGCUUUGGGGUUCCGUGGUGGUUUCGCUCUUGUUCUGGGGAUUUGCGAAUGAGGUGACCACCGUAGACGAGGCGAAGAAGUGGUACCCUGUGUUUGGUCUGAUGGCUAACGUUGCGCUGAUCUUUUCGGGUCAGUACGUUCGUUUCGUAUCGGAUAUACGUCAACAUCUGCCGCCCGGUGUUGACGGAUGGCUCGUGAGCUUGCGCUAUUUAAUGGGGGCAGUGGCGGUAUGCGGAUCAAUCAUCGUGGGAGUUUUCUACUACAUGCAGCGCAAAGUAAUGACGGAUCCGACAUUGGUCGAUCCGGCGCGUCAGAAGAAAGCCAAGACGAAAACCAAGCUGGGUCUUGUCGAGUCAGCCAAGUUUCUGGCCGCGUCGCCGUAUAUUCGCAACUUGGCCCUUCUGGUGAUCGCGUACGGCAUGUCCAUCAAUAUUGUGGAGGUCUCGUGGAAGAGCAAGCUCCGUGAGCAGUAUCCAGACCCGAACGCAUAUUCGACCUUCAUGGGCUGGUUCUCGACUUGCACGGGCUCGUUCACCAUUAUCAUGAUGUUGGCAAGCCGUAUCAUCUUCCGCCGCUUCGGAUGGGGCGUGGCUGCAAUGAUCACUCCGAUUACGCUAGGCAUCACGGGCAUGAUGUUCUUUGCGCUAACCCUAUUCGCAAAGCAGCUGAGCCCAGUCGUUGCCGCGCUCGGCACGACGCCUCUCUUCCUGGCGGUACUCAUCGGUGCGGCGCAGAACAUCGCUUCAAAGGGCAGCAAGUAUUCCCUGUUUGAUCCUUGCAAGGAGAUGGCGUAUAUCCCACUGGAUGCAGAGUCGAAGAGCAAGGGCAAAGCUGCCAUCGAUGUGAUCGGGAACCCGCUGGGCAAGUCGGGAGGCUCAUUCAUCCAGCAAGCCCUUAUUUUCGCUACUGGAUCCUUGGCCGCCAGCACGCCAUUCCUCGCGGUCUUUCUCGCAUCCAUCAUCAUCAUGUGGCUGGCUGCGGCUCGUAGCUUGGAUCGGCAGUUCACCGAGGCGAUGGCACGGGAGCAACGCGAGGCAGAAGAGCUUAUCAAGAAGGAUCCAAAUCUCAAGUCUGCGGCAGCGCCACCUUCGUAG